AUGGUACUCUCAUACCCAAACACGAAGUCGAUUCAAGUGUGCUUACCGCCUGUUGUAGGCAAAUGGUUCCGCUAUUGCCACUCUCAAGCACGUACCAGCUCUCCAGGGGAGGAAGUUACAUUCCAGAAAAUGAAACAGCUUCAAGAGGGAAAGAACAAAUCUGGCGAUUGGGAAGAGGUCUCUUUUCCGACCCCACCUCAUUCCGACUUGGAUUAUGUCUACACAGUCGAUCUGGAUACCGCAUUCAUAACGGUCUCUACAUGGACAAAAACCGAUGGGAUCAUACCAUCAAUUUUCCGGGCCAAACUCGCGGACGUUCACGAAGCGUCGGAUCUAUCACUUGACUCUCUAUUGCAGAAAGCAAAUCUAAAAAUUGACAUCGGUACACCAACGCCGCUGAACGAGCCCCAAUUUCGGCUUUUUACGGACUUUAUUUUUCAAUGGAGGUUCUAUAUUAAUGACCACACAUUAUGGCAGUAUACUUCAACACUGCUCAAUACAUUUGUUAUUGCCAUUCUACGUCUCGCUGCAUGGGAUCUUGGAAUAACGCACGAGGGCUUCGAUAGUCGGAUUGAGCUACCAAUCAAUUUUAGAUCGGUUCCAGGCUGGAAGAGACCAGAAACAGAUAUAUUUUGGCUUCAUGGCUUCCUUGUCGUAUGUGAUACACUGAACGCUCACUCAUCAGUGACUGCGACAAUCCUGCGGGCUAAGGCCUUCCUCAACGAUUACGGCAUAAUGCGGAAAAAAUUUCGAUUAAUUCUUAUUUCAUUGCGUCAUGUCGAAUUAUCUGAGGUGCUCCCAUUGGUUAUCAAUAAUUCAGCAGAGCAAUGUUCACCUGGUUUCCGUGCACUUACACAUGUUUUGUCUUCCUCCUGUUGGAAGGGGCCACUUGCUCACAGGGAAAGGUGGGGCGUGAAUAUUAUUCCGGAAAUAUUUGAUAUGAUGCUCAAGGUACUGAGGCCUCGAGAUAUCUUGUCCUUUUGCCAAUCUUCUCUGGCGGUUGAACGGUGGUAUUACUCUUCAGUAACUCAAUUUGGUGAUUACAGAGUGCAGCAUUUCGACUCGUCUGUUCCAUAUUGCGGUUACUUGGAUAGAAUGGAAUCUGCUGUUUGUUGUUCUCAUGUUAUGCCUGGAAACAUUCGACGGAAAAGAAGAGGCCCAGGGUGCCGUAUCAGAGUUGCAGGCCAUCCCAAAAUCCUUGGAUUGCGUCUUUCUUUGCCUACACAUCUCCGACUAGAACGCCAGUUUCUAGAAAUCUUGAUCUCACACCACCGUUAUUAA